GACGGCGGGCGCGUUGCUCAAGAAAAGGAACCGACCUUCCUCAGUUCCACCUUCACUGCCAUCGAGGUCUCCAUUUUCUGUCAACGACCGAAUCGCUCUUUCUCUCGCAACCGCACUUCCAUAUCUCUUGACAUCUCGUUUUCCUCUCAUCUACCUUCUUUCCUCUCACUCUACCAAUGCAGCCAGAAGCACCUCAGGGGCAAGGGUCAAGUUCUAGAAUAGGUCUCGGCACAUCGUCGUAUCAAGGAUCUUUAUCACAAAGCCAUAGCCAGAGCAAUAGUAGCGGCGACGAUGGAGGUGGAUACUAUAUCCCACCUGCAUCAAAACUAACAUCAUCAGACCACGAUAAGGCCUUGGGCGUUAUCCCAGCUGCAUUCAGGCAAACGGACAAAAUGCUCGACGAGCGGGACAUGAAGGCCUUCGGCGACAACUCGGAAAGCAUUUUUCAGGAACUCAACAAGAUCAGAAAAAAGCAGCUAGCCCUUGCAGCAAAGCAUAUCAGUAUCGAAACCAUUGCGGACGAUGACAAGUCAUUAGCAUCGGAUGGCAAACUUCUUGACGCAGCAGAAAGGGACGGGACUGAUCCGCUUCAUUUCGCAAGGAAGGGGCAGGAACUACAGGACCUCAUGGCCAACCUUGAGGACUUGGGUCGAGCAAUGUCCGACUUUCACGAGCUAUCCAAUUCUACGAAUAAGCAGAACCACUCUUCCACAUUUCCCCCGGCACCGAGGAAAUAAAAACCAGAUCUUUAUCGACAAAACAACGCAGCACACCUAUCUCAUACUGGAUGCUGUGAGAUGUAGACGGGAGCUGUUUAUUUGCAGUCUCUGGAUCGCCCAAGGUAUCAUAUGCUCUUCAUUUGCUGGCUACCCGCUACGAGGGACGGGUCCCACCCAGUCCUUAUUCUGCCUGCUUAGCGCAGGAGCAUUCGAUGGGCAGAGGAGUAGCGAUAUUAUCUAUAAAGUCGACUCAAUAGUGAUCAUUUUGAUGAUUCUGGAAACCAGCCCUCAGUCCUGACUCUCUCUGCCUUGCGCUGCAUCAGCUCCUUGAGAGUCCAUUCUCGCGG